UCUUUAUUCUGCAUGUUUGGAGCAGCGACGCAUGAAAAGGUUUUAGACCAGGAGGAGAGGAUGAUGAUGAUGAAGGUCAUUCAGAGGAAACAGACGCUGCAGUAAAACCAGAAACUACAGAUCAGAGAUCAGAGGGUGUUUAUUACCAGCUGGAGUUUAUUAGACGUGACUGCGCGCUGUACUCAGGAUCACAGGGUUGAACUCCUGCUGGGAUCAGUUCAGUCUGGAGAAGAGAUUAAACCUGGAAGUCCUGGAGCAGCUCUGUGCGGUCAGACUGGACCGAUACUGACCCGUUGGACUCGGAUGAAGGGACCUCAGCGGCUCCCUCUGCCUGGAGCGUGAGGACGUUUCUGGGCUGCGUCGUCCUCGUUCCUCCCCUCUGGUCCUCCACCAGCGUCUCUGCAGCAGCUUCUGUCUUCAGCUGAAUCAUGGACGGACUCCGGCUGCCUCCCGUCAUCGAGGAGGUCCUGGACCCGGCAGACGAACUCUGUGAGCUGAAGGUGGAGAAACCCAUCAUGCUGGGAGAAACUCUGACGGCCAAAGAAAGGGAGUCUCUGGAGGAGAAGGAGGAGCAGCAGGAGGAGGAGAAGGAGGUGAAGGAGGAGAAGGACCAAAAGCCCAGAGGGGGCGGAGCCAAGGACAGGGAGGCGGAGCUUCAGGAGCUCAGAUCUCAGGUGUUACAGCUGCUGCUGGAGCUGGAGGAGACCAGAGAGGUUUCUCAGAGACACGAGGAGAGUUUCACCGAGCUGCAGGGUCUCCUGGAGGAGGAACGUCUGGCCAGUGCUCACCAGGCUGAGAGCUUCACCAGACAGAUCCAGAGACUUCAAGCUCAGCUGCGCUCGGUGCAGGAGGAGAUGGACAGUCUGGAGGAGGAGAAGGAGAGCGAGCUGGACGAAGUUCAGCAGGAGUUGCGGUCGGCGCAGGAGGAGGUUCUGGUUCUUCAGCAGGCGGCCGAGGAGGCAGCAGCAGAACGGGAGAACGAUAUCGCAUCGCUGCAGGAGGAGCUCUGCCGUCUGAGGGCCGAGCUUCAGAGACUCCACGCCACCACGGCCGAGUACGAGCUGGAGGUGACGACGCUGAGGGCCGAGAUGAGCAUGAAGAGCAGGAGCACGGCCCCGCAGGGUGAUGUCAUCCAGCUACAGGAGGAGUUUAUCUCUCUGACAGAUGAACGUCAAACUCUGACCUCCGACAACAAACAGCUCAGCAACAAAGUGGAGCAACUGCAGCAGCAACGAGACACGUGUGAUGAUGUGUACCUGGCAGUCAGAGUAGAGGGCGACACUGAGCAGGUGGACCAGGUGAAGGCGGACUCUUACAUCACUUUGUCCCAGUCGUCGCCUGACCAGCAGGACUCGGACUCGUCUUUGGUUCCGGAGGACGUCUCUGAGCUGAACGUCCUGAAGGUUCAGCUGAAACAAGCUGAGGAGACGGCCCAGAAGGUCCAGAGAGAGUGCGACGGUCUGAAGGAUGAGCUGGCCGAGCUGCAGCAGCUCUACGACUGCAGCCAGCGGGAACGAACAGCUCUGGAACAGGAGCUGCAACGCUGCAAGGCCGAGCUGCAGAAACUGGUGGGCAGGAAGUCAAAGAACUGCACUCGUCCGUCUGAGCCCCCUGUUCUCUCCAUCCCCUUCAUAGGAAUGAUUGUAAUAGUGGCCUUGAUUUGGUGCUGGUGGGAGGAGCUGGCGUCCUAGAGGGGACCAGCAGAGUGAACAUGAAGGCUGGAACCUGGCGGUGGCGGCGGUCGCCGUGGCAGCCAUCGUAGUUCUGGUCGUCCCCAGCUUCACCCGGGCCUGAGGACCAAACAGGAAGUGGCCUCCCUUGGACUGUGGGAUCGCCGUCACCCAUCCAGCGCUGCCCUCAUACAUGUCGCCGUCCUGAUGUCUGCUUGUCGCUUUGACCGAACGCCGCCACAGACGUCAGUGAGUUCUGGAGGGAAAUGCAGAAACGUCACGACUCCAGCAGCCGGUCGGAUUAUUGAUCAGCUGAUCAGAUCUGUGGCUCUCAAACAUCCACCGUCAUGAUCCAAAGUUCAGCUGGAGGUUCAGGUUCAGGCUGAGGCAGGUGUUAGGAAAAAUACAGAAGUUCUAGCGGAAAAAUGUAAAUCAGGAUCAUAUUUAUUUGAUAUUGCAGCUCAUUAAAAUGAGCUAUAUCAGUUUAUUAUUCAAACAGCACUGUUUAGAACAAGUGAAUAAUGGUAGUUAUGUAAUAAAACAAGUUUAAAGUAGUUUAAACAUAGUUAAUCCAGGUAAGUGUUGGGUUUAAACCCUAAUAUUUAUCAUUUUUAGAUGGAUUCUAGACUUAGUUUUAAACUGAAAAUCACUUUGUUGACUCAUUUGUGCUGUUUAAAUAACUUUCUUUUGCUUCAUUGGCAAAAUCACUGUAAACCUGUUAACAAGUGAUUUAUAAAUACAGUUAUUAGAAUUUAAAACGUAAAGAUUAAAAAACAAAUCUGUUUUGUUCUAUCAUAAUCCAACUUACCUUUUCCCAUAAAUACACCAUACAAAUUCUAGUAUUUUUCCCUGAAAUGUUUCAGAGGUAGAAAGUAACAUGAUGUUUAAUCGCAAAACGAUUUUAUUUAUGGAAAACCAAUAAAAAUUUAGGACAAAACCACACAAAAAAAUUGCCUAGCAGUCACAGUUCUUCCAAGUUAUUUACAAAAAAAUACACUGGAAGUUCAGAUUCUUUGUUUUUAUAUUUAUAACGAUGAAUCAAACUUGUUUAACAAAAAAAUAAAAUAACCACUGAAAUGUUGGACGUCUACAAAACAAUGAAUCCACUGCAGUGGACAAAAAUAAAGCUGAUUUCUGGCCACUAGAGGGCAGGACUUUGACUCCUACAUAUUUACUUAAACUUAUGAAGUUAUAAAUAAUCAACGAUAAUAUGGUCGUUCAUUUAGAGUCACGUUUUUAUCUACUUGAUAUAAAAAUCCAGUAUUUUAUCUGUUUUCGCUCUGUUUUUGGUCUCCUCCACCCCUGUAAGGAUGAUUCAUGUUCAUCAGCUCGUCUCUGGUUUUAACUGAUUCAGUUAAAGUGAAGUUCGUUGAUUCAAAGUUGGAACAGAAGGAAUAAAAACAUCUCACAACAUCUCAACAUUCAGAUUAAACUAAAAAUCAUUAGUUUACGAGGCUUUGAGUGGAAAAGUUUGUCUAUAAAUGAACUCUUUAGUGGAACUUCUGCGUCGUGACGGCUGUUUGAGAAUCACCUGAUUUGCUGUUUAACUAAUUCUUUCGAAUCAUUUAUCAGUUAAACAGCUGAACAUCGAUUGCUUCUGUCUUUAAUCUGAACCUGGAAUCACCAAUGUCCAAAAAGAAAAAACUGGUUGAUUUUCUAAAAAGUCCGAUCUGAGAAACUUAGCAGAUAUGUUUUAAAUUAUUACUUUUGGUUUUCUUGAAUCACUGACGGAUCGUUUGAGCUCUGAGAUUCUUCAGUUUCUUUGCUGGAUUAAAGAAUAUUUUUCUGAUGACGGAAAAGAUAAAGUAGCACAUUGUUUGGUGUUUUGGCAUCGACUCUGCUUAACGCUGUUCAUCGCCCAACACGUCUGUUUAAAACCAACCAGUUUGUAGCAUGAAAAGCAGAUUUAUUUCAUCGAUCAGUUUAAAACAUCUAUAUUUGUGUGUUUAUUGAACUUCUCCACCAGUAAAAUAGCACUUUUUAAAAACCUAGCAGUUAUUAGUUGGAGAUAAUUUGACUGAUUUCACUGUGUUUUAACUCAGACUGGGCUGGAGUCGCUUUAAAUCUAAAGAAAGAAAAUAGUAAACGGUUGGAAAAGUGAAAAUGUUGCUGUUUAAAACGUACAUUUCAGGUUUUCUUUAUGCAGAUGACACUUUAUUGUAGCUCUGAACGUUGCUCAAAGUUCAGGUUUUCAUGAAACUUAAGAAGCUGAAAACUAAUACUAUUUAUUAAGCCCUUAAAAGCCCCAUUCCGACAAGAUUAAUAUGAAAUAUUUAAUCUUCUGUGGACAUUAUUUUAGCUAUUUUCACUAAACAGAACCAUUUAUAGCCAUUUUCUGCACCAUAAAAUUUAAAUCAUUACCACUUUUAACAUCAUGAAUAUAAAAUCAUUUCCUUUUAUUGCACUUUCAGAGACAAACUGCUCUGAAUAUUUGCAUUCCAGUUGGGAUUUUUAGAAUUUUUUUCUCAUUGAGAUUUUAUUUUCCAAAGAAAAACUGCUCAGAAGCCAGAUUAGUUGAAAACCGUGAACAGACGAGGACCGAUAACGGAGCCCUGAAGAACCUCGGCUAACCUUAAAAUCAGACGAUGUGCUGAACGGCGCCCUCUGUGGCCACAAACGACAAUCACAGCAGAGGAUAUGUUGAAGUUCUCUUUGUUUCCCAAUAUUCUUGGGCCAGUUGUAGUUGUAGAAAGUACCUUUUACCCGAGUAAUUCUCUUAACCCUUUACGCUUCAGUGCGUAGUAGGUGUACCGCCGGCGGUACACUUACUAAUUUGCAUAGGAAUUUCAAGAAUGUCCGAUGGCUGCAAACGCGAUUAUACAAACACUAUACGCUGAUGGAAAGCUUAGAUUCUCAUGAAUCCGCCGGUAUAAACCACUUUCAGAUGUGAUUACCACAGCAGGUAAUAUAAACACAUUUGUCCGACAAAAACAAAUAUUCAUCCAUCCGUUCUUUAUACACGGCUUCAAUGCACACAGCGCGACUCACAUUUCCGGGUUCAUUAUUACACACAGAAAAAAAGAUUCCACAAAAAACGGCCAUAAUCCAACCUUUUACAUCCAGACAACACAAGCCAGUAAACUAUUUUGUCCAAAACAUGUCCUGAAUUCGGUAUAAAAUCCACGAAUCAGUCGUUUUCAAGGAAAUGCACCUCGUGAUGUGCGUCCAAUAUUCCCUGUGUUUUUCGUCAUUUUUUUUAAAAUUUAAAAAUAGAAUAUUAGCGAUUUUUUUUGUACUGAAAAUGGCUGGAAUUGACUGAAGCUUAAAGGGUUAAAUACACAAGUAAAUUCAGUAUUUCUAUUUUCUGCUACUUUUUCCUUCAUCAAAUAUUUUGCUUUUUACUUCACUACAACUAUGUGAUAAAUAUAUUCACUUAGCAGAUUUAGUUUAAUAAUCCAAAAUAUGAACAACUAAAUGAUUGUGUAGUUAAGUAGAUUUUCUCGUUUACUGAUUCCUGAGUGAAACUUCAAACUUCUCAGCAACUAAAAUUAGUUAAGUAGUUAAAUCACCUUUACAGCUGUAACAUUAAAAUGAAAAUAAGACUCCGAUCCAAUAAUAACUAAUUUUUUUUAAUCUGCCAUCCAGCAUGUGGCGUACUUUUGCUUUUAGUAAUUUAAAUAUAUUUUGAUGCUGAUACUAUUUCCACUUAAAUGUGAGUUUAAAUCAACAAUGUGUUUAUUUCUACACUGUGAUAUUGAAACUUUUGGUAAAGUACAAGAAGUAGCGAGAACCUUAUCCACCACAUGAGCUAAAGUUUUGUGUCAUACAGAAAUUUUAAACAAAAAUUGAGAUAAUAAAAUAUGUUUCAGGUGGAAUAUUAGAGGAAUUGUUAAUUUAAAUAGAAACAGAAGAAGACCGACAAUAGAGCCCUGUGGAACUCCACUUCAAGAACAACAUGACAUUUCAGUUGGGUUCUCAUCCUGAUUUUUUUACUAUUAAAAGAAAAAAUAAGUACAAUACAGAACAAAUCCUGUCUGAAUGGGGCUUUGAGGAUCAAUUUUCCAACUAUGUUUUGGUUUUUAGUCAGGCGAAUCUCUCAAAGACAUCUCAGAUUAUUUUUUCGUACGAUUGUUUCGUAGCUUUAACUUUUUUAUUGAUAAAAUCUUCCUUAUUUUUGCACAGUUUCAAUCUUUAAGUGGAUCUUUAUUCAUGUUUACAUUUAAAUUGAGACCAAAUAAUAGAAACUCUAAUUCAGACGACUGUGAUCCUGUUUGAGGUUUAAUCAGGUAGAAAAUAAUAAUCAGUAACAGGCAUUCCACUUUAUUUAACUUUUAAACUGCAGAAAAAUGAAAUAAGAAGCUUCCAAAUACUGAUAUACGAAGAACGAACUGUGAUUAAAUGUAGACGACAGAAAUAGCAACAUUAAUGAGACAAAGAAUGCCUUCAGGAUGUUAAAUUAACUCAUAUUAGUUCUUUAGUGUUUAUUGAUUAGAACGUAGCAGGUUCUGUAUCGUUCUAAAUGAUUAGUAGCAUGGACACAUUCUGCAUGUAGUUAACUCGACCUAAAAAUUGUUUUUAUGACGUAAUAAAUCAAAUCACAUCAUGAAAAUAACCAUCUAAAGUCAAAAAUUAGCAGAAAAAAAGCACAUUUUAUGAGAUAUUAAGUCAAAUUAAAUGUAUGGAAGCCCAUUUCUGACAAAAAACAAUAAUUAAAAGAGCGAAUUUCACUUAAUAUUUCAUAAAUUUGAUUUAAAAUCUGCAAAUUUUGACUUAACUUCAAAUUUUAGAUUUACUUAAUAAUAAAUGUAAUGUAAUGCUCUACGUCUGACUUUUCAAUUAUUUUAUUUCAUGUUUAAUAACUUUUAGUCAUGUUUCCACGGUUUCACCGCCGUCUUUAUCUGUAAAUACUCAACAGAAUGGGUUUUAUUUGUGAAUAUUGCUCGUUUAGAUCACUAUUUUUUAAUUAACGUCAGUAUAUAUUCUUAAUCUUCCUGGAUGCUGCAUGCUAAUAUCUCUGCACCAAUGUCUGAUUAUUUUUAUUGACUUGUUUUUUCUAAGAACAGUUUUGAUGCCUGUUUUAUUAUUUUUCAUACGGCUGAUUAAACUGUAGAUGUUAAUGAAUUCAAUGUAGCAUAGAUACCACUGAUUAUUGGUUUAUUAAUAAAUAAACUGUAUAUUUUAGCGAUUUAUUCUUCCGUAUAUAACAACAUCAAUACAACUGAGUGCUUUAAGUGUUUCAAAUGUAAUUUUUUGUUGUAAGAGUUCCAAUAUAUUUACGUGAAUAACUUUUAUUUGCACUGAAGUUGAAGAAAUUUGGAUGCAAAAAUGCAAAUUUCACUCAAAAAUUAAGCGUUAAAAAUUAAUCCGCGAAAUUUCGUAUGAAUGUUUUAUGUGUGAAGAAAUGUCUUUAUUGUCUGUCACCAAACCUGAAGGUCCUUUAGUGUUUUAUGUCAACAAAAGUAAAACUAAUAGUGAUAAAAUAAUCGUCAGAACAAAAAAAAAACACAACAAUUAAAGUAGCUGCUUAGUUUUCUGUGAAUAUUUAUCAAAUUAUUCGAGUAUCUACAAGCGUUAUUUAACGUUUUAUUGUCACUUAACAUUUAGUUUUCCACAAAUAUUCAACUAGCAGUUUUAUAACUUGAUGUAAAAAGAUUAUUGUAGGAUAGAGAUUUAUGACCUGAACUAAAAACAUUCCCGAAAGUCCCUCAAGCGUCUUCGAAGAACAACCAUUUUGUUACUGAAACUGAUGAAUUUAAAGGAAACUCUAAAAGUUUCAAUAAAUUACUUCUUCGUGACGCUAGUGCUAGCUAGCCGUAGUCGUGGGUGUUGCAUGUUAGACUUAGAGAUGAAGCGAUUUUGCAUGAAAGUAGAUUCAGCCGCUGUAGCAGCCUUAGCAUUAGCGUUAGCCGGCGCUCACUGAAUAUGACAGUGGUAGCAUGAGCGCUGUAAUCCAACUCUUCCAUUAGCUAGCCUAAACUGUUUACCUGUUCUGCUGUUAAAGUCUGAUAUUUCAAAAUCUGCUCGUUUGUAACGAAUUUCCUCCUGUGUUCAGGGUUAGCCUAGCUUAGCAUUAGGACUGGAAUUAGUAGCAAACUCGAGCUAUUGUUGUUAUAAAAUGACUAGCUGGAUUGUCUGACAAGAAGUUAAUAUCACUUGUUAAUGUUGGCAGCUAUUCAACAUUAUGCUUGCAGUUUGUAGCUAACUGCUGUAAACAGUUAGCCUAGCUUAGCACAAGAACAGGAAUUAGUAACAACCUCGAGAUAUUGUUGCUAUAAAUGACUAGCUCGAUUGUCUGACAGGAAGUUUAUACCACUAGUUGAUGUUGGUAGCUAUCCAACAUUAUGCUAACAGUUUGUAGCUAGCUGCUGUAAAGAGCUAGCAUUAUCUAGUGGAUGUUUUAAUGGUUACAAACCUCAUGUUUGGCGGACUAAGCGUAGCACAAUGAUUGGAUUUGCCCCUUGGAGAUAGCUGCUAGCAGUGACGCUACCAUGAUAACUGGAUAAGCUUUUAUAACUAGUUAUUGUUGUUAGCUACAGUUAGCCAAUCCAAUACUGUACUAGCUUUUUAUUGCUAUGUCAUUAGCUGAGCUCUAGCUAGUUGUUGUUAAUAAGGAUAAAAGCAUAGUGUUUGGUGGCUAAUCUCUGUGUGGUUUAGCCUAGCUUAGCACACAGACUGGAAUCAAGAAGAAGCAGCUAGCAGUGUUCCUACAAGAUGACUAGCUUGAUCAUUAAUGGAUUUUUUAUAGCUAGUUAAUGCUGUGUUUUUUGUUUUUAGCUAUUUGCAGCUAACUGAUUUAAACAGGUGUUCACAGCAAGCUGCUGGUUGUUUGAUAGCAUUAUUAGCUGUCUGGCUCAUAAAGUAAAUGUGUACAAAGGAGAAACUGCUAGCUUAGCUACAUCAUAAAGGAAUCAUUAGCUAACCACUCACCUCUGGAGCUACUAUAUGAAUGCUGACAGCUAAGCAAAUGGUUCCACCUGUUUCCAGUCUUUGUGCUAAGCUAGGAUAACAUGUCCUAGACCUGACACACAGAUAAAAACUGAAACAAGAAGAUUUUAGACACGUUUAAGCUUCUCAGAUUAGCGUUUGUUCUGUGAGACUGUGUCCGUUAGCUUCGUGCUCACUGUCAGAUGAUGUCAUGUGAUGUCAGAUGAUGUCAGCUGAUGUCAUGUAAUGUGACUCGUCUUGAGGCUGUUUGAAGUGAUUUUCUGAUCUUUGUUCUGAUGUUUCUGUUGUCGUCGGCUCCAGAUUGUAUUUUUAUGUUUCAUGGACUAAAACGUUUUGUAAAUAAAGUCGAAUCUUCUGAUCUUUAA